AUGCUUUCGCUUGAUCUCACCGAGCCGGCCUCAAAUUGGGACUUCACCGCGGUGCUUGACCUGCUCAGGUCUCCCACUCAUGGUGAUGCCUCUGCUCCUGUUCGCCGACCCAAUCCCACAGCUCCUUCUUACUCUGUGGGUCAGUCAAGCCAGGAUGUUGGGGUCGGCGACUGCAGGUCAGGUACAGAGGUAACGCCCAAGCGGAGCUACCCCAAGCUAGGAGAUUUUGGGUCUCUUUGGGAUCUCCUUGAUGGAGACGACCACAUGAAGACUACAGCUUUUGGUGAUCCCGCACCAGCCUCAUCGAUCAACUCUCAGCCGUCUUUCGAUCGUGCCUCGCCUGUUACUCUUUUUAAGCGGACUCCCCAUGAUGCAUCUUCCAAUGGAAGGACCACUCCCGAAUCAUACCACCCUCUCUCCAAGCUUACCCCCGUGUCAAGUGCCUCGAAACCUCAUGUCUCUAAAGAUACGAUUUCUGGUAGCUCUUCACGUUCAUACGUUCAAACCCCUGCGAUAACUAUCCUCAAACGAGCUACGGACCAGGAGUCCAGUAGCAAUAAUACGACAACACCAUUCCCUCCACGAACACCAUCGAAGCCAAUUCCCGGCACUAGCGAUUUGAUCAACACGCCCAGGGCCAAAACCAAAGUCAAGGCUAAGGCUAUUGGGAAAGACACCAAGUCUCAAUCCGAGUGGGUCUCUGAAAGCAGUGCGAAGGCGGAGUCAGACUCCAGCACCGUCAUUUUCGAUUCACCAAUUACCAAGACGACGGGUGUCCUAGCGUUUAUUCCAUCGCAGGUGGGCACACAAGACGCACGGACUUGCCAGGAUGACACCCCACCAUCGUCGUACGACGACCUGGAUUUGUUACGGAAUCAGGACAACGCCCGGAACAUCAUCACCACGCCGACGGGGAUUCGCGUCCUGCCUGUUGCAUACAAGACGGCAACUGACAGGCGAACGGGGUUGAUAAACAAGCUCCUCAAGGAAUUUCCCGACUAUGCCCAGCAGGUGUCGCAGGUAGGACAUUCUCCAACCUCAAAAAAGAAAGGUCUUGAGCAACGUCCUGUCCAUGUCUUUGUCGACAUGUCUAAUAUCAUGGUUGGAUUCCACGACUCGGUAAAAGUCUCGCGGAACAUCCCCAUCUCGACCAGAAUUCGCCGCCUUCACAUGUCUUUUUCCAACUUCUCUUUGAUCAUGGAACGAGACCGCCUCACCACGAAGAGAGUCUUGGUAGGCUCAGACCGACUGCCUUCGAUUGACGAAGCCGAGAAACUCGGCUACGAGGCCAAUAUUUUAGACAGGGUCCACAAGAACAAGCACACGACUCCCCGUGCGUCCAAGUUCCGGAAAGGGCCCCAGUAUACCAGUGGACCUGAAACGGUCGGUGGAAACCGAUGGGUCGAGCAAGGUGUAGACGAAAUUCUGCACCUGAAGAUCCUGGAAAGCCUGCUGGACACGGACGAACCGGCGACAAUCGUGCUGGCGACCGGAGAUGCGGCAGAAGCCGAGUACUCUGGUGGAUUUAUGCGCAUGGUGGAGCGCGCGCUGCAGCGUGGCUGGACUGUGGAGCUGGUUAGCUUCUCCCAGGUCACUAGCUACGCGUACCGGAAGAAGGAGUUUAGAGAGAAAUGGGGGGAUCUUUUCCGAGUGAUUGAACUGGAUGAUUACGUCGAGGAAUUAUUUGAUUAA